AUGGAAUCGGCCUACAUAGAUAAAGUAGUCUGUUACUAUGGAAGUUGGUCCACCUACAGACCCGGCAACGGUAAAUUCACUACAAAUGACAUUGACGCCAACCUUUGCACCCAUUUAAUUUACUCUUUCGUUGGUAUUAACACCGAUGGUAGCAUAAAAAUCUUGGACACAGGGCUUGAAGAAGGACAAGGAAAUCUUGCAAAAACAACUGCUUUGAAAAAAGUGAACCCUAAAUUAAAAACUUUGGUUGCCAUAGGUGGAUGGAGUGAAGGUUCCGUUAAAUAUUCCGCUGUUGUCGCUUCGCCAAACUUAAGAGCAAACUUUAUUAAAAGCGCGCUUGCUUUAGUUAAGAAAUACGGUUUUGAUGGAUUUGAUUUGGAUUGGGAAUAUCCAGCUCAAAGAGGAGGUGUAGCUGCAGACAAAGCAAACUAUGUACAAUUGCUUAAGGAAUUUCGUGCUGUCUGGGACAAAGAGGGUCUUAUUUUGACCGCUGCUGUUGCAGCUAGUGGUUCUUCAGUUGACAUAUCCUACGAUGUACCAGCUUUAUCAAAAUACUUAGACUUAAUUAAUGUUAUGACCUACGAUUUACAUGGUUCAUGGGAUGGAGUUACCGGUCAAAACGCCCCAUUAUAUGCUUCAUCCAAAGAUGUUUCCUCAGCACAAAAACAACUUAAUGUGGACGCUUGCAUUCGUGGUUGGAUCCAACGUGGAGCAGCACCUGAAAAAUUGGUACUAGGUAUGGGAGUUUAUGGAAGAACAUUCACACUUACCUCAACUUCUAAUACAGGAUUAGGAGCACCCAUUGUAUCCACUGGUAAACAAGGACCAUACACUCAAGAGCGUGGUAUGCUCGGAUACAAUGAAAUUUGUGAGCUUGAAAAACAGGGUGGUUGGACUGAAGUAUGGGACAACGAACAGAAAGUUCCUUAUGCUUUUAAAGGCGACCAAUGGAUCGGUUACGAUAAUCCUAAAUCUAUUGCCAUCAAGGUUAACUACUCCAAAAAUCUUAAACUUGGUGGUGUUAUGAUUUGGUCAAUAGAAACCGACGAUUUUAAAGGAAUCUGCGGAAAAAAAUAUCCUAUCUUAAAUGCAAUUAAAACCGCCCUUGAAGGUUCUGAUAAAGAAAGGAACGAUAACCAACCAUCAGAUACAGACAAAAAACCUGAACCUACUCCAACUAAACCUGAGUCAGAAAAAGAAUCAGACUCAGAAUCUGAUUCACACAAAAAAGAUUCAGACAAAGAUGAAUCUUCAUCCUCUUUAGAAUGCAAGCAAGUUGGUUACAUAAGAGAUCUAGAAAAUUGCAGCAUUUUCUAUUGGUGCAUGAAAACCAAGGCUGGUUUCGAAAAAUUCAAACACAUAUGCCCAGCCGGUUUAAUGUUUGACACCAAAAAUAACAUCUGUAAUGUGGUUUGUUAUUUUGCAAGCUGGACUAUUUAUAGGCCGGGAAAUGGCAAAUUUCAGGUGUCAAAUAUAGACCCAUCCCUAUGUACCCAUAUAUGCUAUGGAUUCUUUGGUUUGGGAUGGGACCUUGAUGUUCAAAUACUGGAUGAUUGGGAACUUAAUGGUUUACAUGAACUUUCGAAUAUGAUGGCUUUAAAGAACUCUAAUCCAGAUCUAAAAAUUUUGGCCAGUAUGGGUGGAUGGAACGAAGGGUCUGAAAAAUACUCAGACAUGGCAAGCGAUCCUGCUAAAAGAAAGACUUUAGUACAAAAAACAGUGUCUUUUCUUAAAAAUAAUUCGUUUGAUGGUUUUGAUUUGGAUUGGGAGUAUCCUGCACAGCGAGGAGGCAACGUAGAAAAUGAUCCUAAAAACUUUGUAAUUCUGCUACAAGAACUAAAAACAGCUUUAAACAACGAAGGUUUGAUUCUGUCGAUAGCAGCUCCAGGUGCCAAACAUUCCAUUGACCUUUCAAUAAUAGUACCUGAAGUUUCAAAUGCUGUAGAUAUGUUAAACAUUAUGACCUACGAUUUUCAUGGAAAGUUUGAUAGCUACGUGGGACAUGUUGCUCCACUAUAUGCUUCCAGUUUAGAUAAUACAGACGAACUUAAACAACUAAAUGUUGCUGCUGGUAUUCAAUAUUGGAUUGAUUUGGGAGCUGAUGUCAGUAAAAUGAACAUUGGUUUUCCAACAUAUGGACAAAGUUUCACUUUAACAGAUGCAACGAACACCUCUUUGUAUGCAAGCAUUAUAGGAGGUGGUAGAGCUGGUCCUUACACACGUUCUGAAGGAAUUUUAGGAUAUAAUGAAAUUUGUGAGUUGUAUAAUGAUUGGCAAUACAUCUGGGAUGAAGAGCAACAAGUGCCUCACCUCAUUUCCGAUAAUCAAUGGGUUGGUUAUGAGUCACCGGAAUCGGCAGUUAUUAAAACCAAAUUUGCAAAGUCCAAAAAUUUAGGUGGCGUUAUGUUUUGGUCUUUGGACACCGACGAUUUUCUUGGUGUUUGUGGGAAAGGAACAUAUCCGAUAAUAAGAGCUGUGGUAGAUGAAUUUAAUAAAAAUUAUAUUGAAUAA